AUGAAGGAUCAGGAGGAUCUGCCUCUAUUUCCAAUUCGAAGAAAUCCUGAAGCUUGUAAGUUAGUAGAACUUAACAUCGCCAUGAUUAGGGGAAACGGUUUCCAUCGCUUAGUGCAGCAGAAGAAGAGUCAAAUCUUCUUUACUAGCUUGUAUGAGAUCGAUAAGAUCGUUGAGGAUAAAAAGAUCCCAGAGGAAAAACUAGAAGAAGAGGAAAUCAGGAAAAAGCUACCAGCUUACCUAAAAGACUUUGUGGAUGUCUUCUCCAAGCAUGAAUCGGAUAAGUUGCCUCCGCACCGGCCUUAUGAUUAUAAAAUCGAGUUGGAAAAGCCGAACGAGUUGAGUUAUAACCCUCUCUAUAAGAUAUCGAGAGAUGAACUGGAAGCAGCGCGAGAGUAUAUUAUCGACAACCUGAAUAAAGGAUUCCUUGAGCCUAGUAGCUCACCAUUUGCAGCACCAAUUAUCAUGGCAUCGAAGCCGGGAGGAGGAUUGCGUUUCUGUUAUCCUUUACCACUAAUCAAUGAGGUUUUUGAGCGUCUGAGUCGAGCACGCAUCUUCACGAAGCUUGACAUUAGACAAGGUUUCCAUAGGAUUUGUAUGGAUCCAGACUCUGAGAAAUACACUACUUUUCAGUAUCGAUAUAGUACCUACAAGUAUAAGGUUAUGCCCUUCGGAUUGACCAAUGGUCCUGCGACUUUCCAGCAAUUCAUGAAUGACGUCUUUAUGGAUUGCCUUGAUAGAUUUCUGAUUGCUUUCGUGGACGAUCUGCUCAUCUAUACAAUUCACAAGUGCGAAUUCAGUGUGGAACGAACAAAGUUCCUAGGUUUCAUUGUAACUAAGGAUAGCAUUGAGGUUAAUCAGGAAAAGAUCAAGGCCAUCACUGAGUGGAAGGCUCCCACCACUAUUUUUGGCAUUCAGUCUUUCUUAGGAUUCUGUGGUUUUUAUUGGAAGUUCAUACGAGGGUAUAGUUGA